CCCAGAUGCUCUUGACCUUCACCACCUCUGAGAGAGAAUGUGUGCAGGAAAGGGCUGUGGGGAGGAUUGAGAAGAUGAGCUCUGCGCUAUUCAGACAUCCCACACUGGCGUCCUGUGCGAGAUACCUCAGAACUUCUGAAAGGACAGACAUCGUCCUUGUGUUCAUCGAGGCGAUGAGAGACACCAGCAUCUUUGACAAGAAGCGGGCAACAGACUUGCUGGACAUGGUCAUGGAAUUCCCUGACUUCUGGCUGGCGGAUCUGCCAAAGAUCAUGAGAUGCAUCCACAAAAACCUGGACAGCAUCAACACAGCACCAGCUCGGCAGAGCGUGGCGUCCCUGCUUCUGCUCAUGGCUGACAGGAGACCUGGGAAGGUGCUCACAACGCUGCUGAGGAUCGCUCCACCAGGAGACAGGACUGCCCUGGACAUGUGGGACAUGAUGAUCUCCACACCCCGGCCUCUGAAGAAGAUCUUAAAAAACUUGCGCAAAAGACUCCUGGCCAUAGACUCCGUGUUUCCCGCAGGCGUCAUCAGUGGGUCAGAAAGUCCUGACAUGGCAAGAAAAAUACAGUCCCUCCUGCCACAAGUUGUGGGGUUGCUCGACCACAGCAACACAGAAGUGAAAAGGAGAGUCCUGACAUUCUUCUGCAGCGUGAUGGGACACCUGAAGAGCGAAGAGGCCAGGCCCACUGUCGAGCAGCUGGAGGAAAAGCUCCUGCCCCUCUUUGAUGAUGAGUCCAGCCAGCUGCGAGAGCUCUCCAUCUGCCUCUUCAGAGAGCGGGUGCAGUCAGUGAUGGCGCACGACAAGAAGAGGCUUAAGAGCUACGUGCACCGUGCACUGCUCCCCCUCUUCUUUCGUUUGAGCGAUCAGAACAACAACGUGGCCAAGGCCGCCAGGGAAGCCCUCCUUGGUGCAGCAGAGCUCCUGAAAUGGAAGCAGCUCAGACACCUGGUGCGGACUCAGCAGACAUGGAGGAUUGGAGAGAGCUUGCUGGAGCAGGACAGGAGCAGGGCUCAAGAGCUCUUGAGUCAGAGCCUGCCAUACCUGAGGGAUGCUCAGGCCAGCUUGCGAGAGGCGGCCGUGAGGUUCAUCGGUGAGUCACAGCCCCCGGGUCCCUCUCUUGGCAGCCUGGCCCCAGUCCCCACUGCUGCCCUGGCACAAGGAGCAGCCCUGUGGCUUCAGAGCCCCAGCUGCCCCGUGCAGGGCCUUGGCCUCCCCUCCCAGCCCUGCCCACACAGGUGGGCUUGGUGGCUGCCUUGCUCAGUCCCGCUAUGUCAGCUCUGGGGUAUCCCCUGGGGCCAGCUCUGAUGAGGGGGAGGGAACAGGGGUCUGAUGGAACUCUGUGCCCAGGGCUGGCUGCGCGGCCCCUGAGGGACCGAAGGGAGGAGGAGAAGCUGGCUGAGAUCUGCAGCGGUGAGUAGGGAGCCUGGUCAGGAGGGGAUGCCUGGGUGUCUCUGCAGAUGCAGGAGAUCAUCUGGGCUCUGCUUCUUUCUGUUGCAGCCCUUCGGCCCUUGGAGACGGACAGUAAAUCCUUCGUCCGCUCCCUCGCUGCUCAGACCAUUGCCAUCCUGAGCAGUCCAAGGGAGCAGCCACGAUCACGAUGGGCCCUGCAAGCCCUGUGCUGCUGGCGUCGCUGACCCAG